AUGGAUUCACCACCCAAGAGAAUGACACGGGCCAGAGCCGCUGCCAAGGCCACAGAGCCCUCCGUGAAAACCACAAAGAUUGUCACAGCUGCUGCAAGGGCGAGAAGCACUGCAACAGCGGGCACCAAGAGCACAGCCGCCAAGAGAAAGACAAGAGCAGAUGAAAAUGACGAAGAUGAGGAGCAGCAGCGCGAAGUUGCCGUUGUUAGAAGAACGCGUGGUCGACCAAGGAAAGCUGGGGAUGUUGAAGAGCCUGAAGCUGAACUUGAAGCGCCUGCAAAGCCCACACGGGGUCGUAUAGUAAAGAAGACUGCUACCGAAGCUCCCAAGUCGACCACCACCGCCGCCGCCACUGCCAAACCUAUGCGAGGACGGCCAAGGAAAGUAGUUGCUACUGAGGAACCUGCCCCAGCGCCACUUAAGAAGGCUACCACAAUACGCACCCGCACUACAACAUCAUCGACAGCCACGAAGCCAACAACAUUGGCCAAGCCUCCUCUGAAGAAAUCUGUCAAGUUCCAAGAGCCUGAUAAGGAGAAUAUCGAGCCUGCCGUCGAGGCAAAGGAGCCUGCUCGAACUGGAAUCAGAGGCCGGCCGGCCAAGCGUGGAGGAGCAGCUGGAAGUCGAACAACCAGAGCGGCGGUAAGAUCCGCUGAGUCGACAGACAAUAAACCAUUAAGUCCUAAGAAGAUUACCCAGAUACCUGUCUCGAAGGACGACGAAUCCGAGGAUGAACUUGCUGGUGACAUGCCACCUGUCAAACCCAUGAUGAAGAGCCCGAUCAAGCCCCCUACCAACACUCUCAAGACCCAACCGGAGCACAACGAAGAACCCACCGAGUCGAUAAGUGCUCCGGAAAGCAUUAGCAACCCUCCUAGCCUCGGCGCGCACAUGUUGAGAUCUCCUGCCAAGAGGCAACCUGCUUCACCCGACAAGGACACCUUGAGAUCACCAGCUCGCCGCAUUGGUCCUAUUGCUCUCCCUGGAUCGACUAUGAAGAAGUCACAGGAAGGCGACAACCAGGCUGAAGAUGAAUUUUCUUCCAAGAACUCCCUACUUCAGUCUGCGGCCAAGAGGCCCCAGUCACCCAUCAAGGGGUUGAACUUUGGAGUUUCCUUACAGCCUCAGCAAUCCCAAUCAGCAAUGAAGGCCUCUCUUCUCCUUUCACCACCUAAACGGGCCAUGCCUGGGCUGAAACCAGUUACAGAACCUCGACCUCAAGAUGUUCGUGCCCUUGGCGAACCACCAAUCAUGAAGCCUUUGGUUCUUGGCACUCCUUCUCGUGCUCCCUCCAUCCGACCUUCUGAUAAGCUCAUGUCGGAGGAGCAAGCCGAGUUGGAUCUCGACACAGUCGAGGCAGACGUCUUCGACCAGCCAUUGGAAAACUUGGAGUUCCCCGGUCGUCUAUCUGCUGUCCUCCCCCGUCAUGCUGAUCCUGCCUGGAAGAAGGAUAUGGGUAUUGUCAAUCAGCCUCGAGAGGAGACCGAAGACGCGGAAGAGCCCCAGGUCAAGCCAGAGAUUGUCGAAGACGUUCAGGAGGAGGCUCUUGUCGAACCCGAAUCAACUACAGAUGCGGCUGAUCUUACCGAAGACGAGGAGGACAGCAUGGUUGUCGAUGAGGAUGCUGCCGACGAGCAGGUUGUCAAGGCAGACACUCUCCAAGAGACCGAAUCCGAAAGCGAUGCCCCCACACACUCUCCCGUGCAGGAACAGAAUCCCAUGUACCAGCUUCGAGAAAAGGAUCUAGAACCUCACGAUACAGAUUCGGAAUCAGACGACGAGGACGCUGCACCUACCAACACAGUGCCUGUCACUCCAACACCAUUUGUUCGCAAGACACCGAAGACCUCUCGAGCUUCUAUAGGCGGAUUCAGCGCUCUUGCCGAUCGUCUGGGUUCUUGGAAGGCUAGCACUCCAGUCAAAAUAGCACCUCUGACUUCUGGAGAGAACAAGGCCGGUGUGCUUUCCGAACGCGUUGCUACCCCCAAGUCUAUGGAUUCGCCAGCCUCGACUCAUUUCUUUGAUGAUGAAAUGACUGUCCGAGCAGGCAUGGAAGAUCUACAGGCGGAUAACACUGCAGAGAUUGUUGAUCCCGAUUUCGACGACAUGGAUGUCACCGAGGAAGACGUUGAACUGGCUCAGGAGGCCAACGAGAUGUCUCUGAUGGAGCCCGACGUCAUUGACGAGGUUGUCAACACUAAUGCGUUUGACGAUACACUCUCUGAGGCUAGCCAGGAGUAUGGCGACGAGAACGAGAUUCCUUCCUCAAUGGUCCCCACAACCCCUGUUCGCCCUGUUAUGAAGACCUUCAAUACCACUACCAAGGUACCAUUAAAGCCUGCGGACGACUCCUCACCAUCCCCUCUUAAGAAACGUAGCUUCAGCGCCUCGCGCGUCCCACCAAAGCGUCCCUCCGGAUCAACAAGGAACUCAAGUGCACUCCCAUAUUCUCCCAAAGGAAGGAAGAGCAUGCCCGCUACCAUUCCUGAGAGUCCCUCAACCCCCCCUCCAGCCACUCCCUCAAAGUCAGACCUUUGGUCUUCACUGGGAACACCUGCGCGAACACCCCGUCGCGAUCUGAACCCAGCCAUUCUUCGAGGUGCUGUCGUCUUUGUCGAUGUAUAUACCAGCGAAGGAGCUGAUGCUAGUAGCAUCUUUGUGGAUUUGCUCAGUCAGAUGGGCGCCAAGUGCAUGAAGUCAUGGAGCUGGAACCCUAGUGGUUCUGAAAACGAUAUGACUUCAACCAAGGUUGGAAUCACACAUGUUGUUUUCAAGGAUGGCAGCAAACGCACACUGGAAAAGGUCCGAGAAAGCAACGGAGUCGUUCAGUGUGUUGGGGUUAGUUGGGUGCUUGAUUGCGAGCGUUUGAACGACUGGGUCGAGGAAAGCCCCUACAAGAUUGACACAAGUAAUAUCCCCCGCGGUGGAGCUCGCCGUCGCAAGAGUAUGGAGCCCAAGGCUUUGGCCAACAUGAACGGCACUCUUGUCACUAGCCCUACCAAGGGAGGCUCUCGUACUACUCCUUCUACCCCAAGCAAUCGUCGCCAGAGUACACAAUGGAUGUACACUCCCUCGGAGCAAGACGAAGACGAGGAGAUGGAGGACUUUGAAUGGUCUGAAGCUAUUCUUACACCUGUCCCCAAGACACCUGCUCCAGAGGCUAUUGCACGAUACGCAGCCAAUCUCGAUCUUGAGUCGGCUUCCGCUGAUGAUGAUGACGAUGACGAUCUGGACGAGUCACCUACGAAGGAUGCUCUCCUGAUGCGAACGUGCCCCCCAAAGAAGUCCAUCCGUGAAAUGGGUGUUGGACUUCUCAGCCAGACCAAGGAUGAUGGUGUUCUUAUGCGACUCAUGGCUGCACGACGCAAGAGUCUGCAGUUUGCCCCCAAGAUCGGUAGUCCUUUAGCAAGGACCUGGCAGUAA